UGUACAGCGGAUUGCAACGAAGCUGAUUGGCCGGCUGGACCCGCGGAGGGGAGGGGGCCGAGCUGUUAACUGGCCUGACCGACAAGCCACCCUCCUCAGUGGGCCGAAGACACCUUCACCGGCCGGAGCAACUCACCAACACCAACAACACCAUGUCUGAGAAGACCGAUAAGAAGAAGAAGAAGAAGGCGAAGGGAGAUUCGCAGAAGGAGAAGACUCCUCCCCCCGCGGCAGCGGCACCUCCAGAACCGGCCGGACCGCCAGAACCGGAACCCAUCAAGCGGCCGUCGUCCAAGAGCUCUUCCAAGAAGAGGCGCAGCUCCAGGGCGGGCUCCGAUGUCUUCUCGCUGUUCACCAACAGCCAAGUGGCCGAGUUCAAAGAGGCCUUCGCCUUGAUGGACCUGGACAAGGACGGCGUCCUCGGCAAGAACGACCUCCGCGCCACCUUCGACAUGGUCGGCAAGAUCGUGUCCGAGAAGGAGCUGGACGAGAUGCUGGCCGAGGUGCCGGAGACGGACGAGGGCGAGCAGCUGCCCUGCACCUUCACGCAGUUCCUCAUGCUGUUCGCCAGCAAACAGCAAGGCGGGGGUCCCAUUGACGAUGACGACGACACCGUGAUCCAGGCCUUCGUGUGCUUCUCAGACCCUGACGGCUGGCUUGACGCAGACAACCUGAAGCACUGGCUCAUGACCUGGGGCGACAAGUUCACCCUGAAGGAGGUGAAGGACGCCUACGAGUCCUUCUACUUCGACGACAAGGGCAAGAGGAUUGACUGCGGCAAGCUGCUGGACAUGCUGCUUGGCAAGGCGGACGACUGAAAAUAUAAAUAAAACAAUUGACAAAACAAUAAAAAAAUAUUAUGAUUGAGUGAA